AAUCCUGAUGAGGUCCCGUAUUAAUGAUUUACAGACAAAACCCCAGAGCUUAAAAGAGAGGGAAGUGGCAAUAAACUGACCCCGUGGGAUCUGCAGCCAUGUCUGGAAAGCCAGUGUGCAUUGGUGAUUUUGAGGAGUAUGCUAAAACCUUCCUCCCCAAAUCCGUGUACGAUUAUUACCGGUCCGGGGCGGAUGACCAGGAAUCACUGGCAGAAAAUGUGGCAGCGUUUUCCAGGUGGAAGCUGUACCCGCGGGUGCUGAGGGAUGUGUCGGAGAUGGACGUGUCCACCUCGGUGCUGGGGCAGCGGGUCUCGGUGCCCGUGUGCGUGGCCGCCACCGCGAUGCAGCGCAUGGCUCACCCCGACGGGGAGACGGCCACUGCCAGAGCCUGCCGGGCCGUGGGGACGGGGAUGAUGCUGAGCUCCUGGGCCACCUCUUCCAUCGAGGAGGUGGCUGCAGCAGCCCCGGGGGGCCUCCUGUGGCUGCAGCUGUACGUGUACAAGGAGCGGGAGGUGGCGGAGUCCCUGGUGAGGCGGGCGGAGCGGGCCGGCUACAGCGGCAUCUUCGUGACGGCCGACACGCCCUACCUGGGCCGGCGCCUCGCCGACGUGCGCAACAAGUUCCAGCUCCCUCCAAACCUCAGAUUAAAAAACUUUCCCGGCAGCGACCUGGCGUUUUCCUCAGGGAGAGACUUUGGAGAGAACAGCGGGCUGGCCGCGUACGUGGCUGAGACCAUUGAUCCAAGUCUCAACUGGGAGGACAUCAAAUGGCUUCGGGGGCUCACCUCGCUGCCCAUCGUGGUGAAAGGCAUCCUCAGGGCUGAUGAUGCUAAAGAAGCUCUAAAGAUUGGGGUAAAUGGUAUCCUGGUGUCAAAUCACGGAGCGCGACAGCUCGAUGGGGUCCCUGCAACUAUUGAUGUGCUGCCUGAGAUCGUCGAGGCCGUGCAGGGGAAGGUGGAGGUGUUCCUGGACGGCGGGGUGAGGAAAGGCACAGAUGUCCUCAAGGCUCUUGCUCUUGGUGCCAGAGCUGUGUUCAUUGGAAGACCUCUGCUCUGGGGGCUGGCUUAUCAAGGUGAAGAAGGAGCAAAAGAAGUUCUCCAGAUGCUGAAGGAGGAGUUUCGCCUGGCAAUGGCACUGACAGGAUGCCGGAGAGUGGAAGAAAUCAGCAGGACACUGAUCCGAAGACAUCAAGUGUUGUCUUCCAAGAUUUAGGUCUGAAGACUUUGCCUCGUGUGUUGCCUGUUUUGCUUCCAGACAAAACCCAACUGUGUUCGCUCUGUGGGCCUCACCCUGCAAUCCUGACUGAGAAGGCACAGCCUGUAGGACGUCACUUCCUGAAGAAAAUACUCAAUGCAAAUUUUACAGGUGUUUCCAAAUGUUUUAGGCUCUUAAGGAAAGCUGCUGUACUGGGAGGUGUGAUUAGAGAUGGGUCUUGGUACAAGAUCGGCACAAGAAACUUCAAGGGGUUUUGCAACCAAUGCUGAUAUUAAUUUCCAUGCCUGGGAGUAACUCAGCUGCUAAAAUGAAACUGUAAACAGGAAUGUUUUGACAGCAAACAGAAACGCUGAAAUUUAAAAUGCAAAAGAUACCUCUUGCUCACUGUUUAGAGAAACUAGACUGGAGAUUGCAGAGAUUAAAUCUUGCUUUCUUAUGAACAGAGUGUCAUUUGCCUGGUGACUCUGUGCUAGGACUUUGUAAGCAGCUGGGCUUGUAGCACGUCGGCUGUAGGACCUCAGAGGACUCUUAGUUGUAAAGAACCAAAGAACAAAGCAAAACAGGGGAAAUUCUGCUGUUUAAGUGGUACAACCCCCCUUGCAAUCAGACAGCUGUUCUGUAUGUGCAUUGGACAUAGGUCAGAUCCUUGGAUGAUGCAAAUCCCCAUAGCCCAAACCAUGCUGGCUGUGCCCAGCUGGAGCUCAGAGUCACAUUUUUCACCUGGAUUCAUUUGCUGACACUGGCAAGGGAAGGCUGAUGCUACCUGGGAGAGUUUGCAGGAUUUGCAGUCAUGUGCAAAAGAGCAACUUGAAUAAUUGAGGCAUUAACCCAUGGCUUGGGAAGGUCCUUGUGACUCUACUCAGUGUCCACGAGCACCCUUCAGACAGAUAAAUCUUGGUCUUAUUCACUCUGCUUAUGAUGAGGGUGCAGAGACACACAGGACCUGCACCUCUGUUCCCUGAACAACCCAAAUACCCUCUGCAAGGAGAAAUUUUGCAAUUAUAAAAAGCCAAGUAGGUAAGACUCCGUUAUUCUCACCUUGGGUAAAACUAAGGGUGGCUCUUCACCUGUCUCACUUGUGGUGCAGGUGUUGAAGUGUUACUGGGAGCAGGGAGAGGCCACUGCACAAAGGUUUUGAAUAUCUUGUUGUGGAAAUUAAAUGUUCAUUUCUAAGGGAGAUUAAAAA